AAAAGAUAGUAUAUCAUUCAAUGCACUACUUAUUUUAUGGUUUAAAUUACGUUGUGAGACUUCAAUUUAAAGUUGGCGGCGAUGUGAAUUCUUUCAAGAUAAUUUCAAAUGUCAUAGGAAAAAAAUUAGGAGUAAUGCUUCAAAAACUAAUCAAGUGAAACUUUAGUAAAAUGUUUUGAGAAAAUCCACUGCUUAGUUGUGGGAUAAUUAGCUCUAAAAUUUAUGAGCUAUAUGCAAGGUGCUUCAGAAGUCCGGUAAAAUAUAUUAGGGAGGGAGGGGGAAUGGGUUGCAG